AUGAACGUAUCCGGGAGCGCUCCCUUCGGGAACGACUAUAUCCCGCACCCUCAUCUUCACCCUCACCCGCGGCUUCACACGGCCGACAUCGGGAUCUUCAAAUCGACCAUCCUCCCCUCCUUCACUCUCCACACGACUCUCGACAUCGCUGCUUUUAUUGCAUCCAAGGCCACUGACCGCGCCGAAAUUAAAGACUGGUGCUGGCCUUCUAGCCAAGUCAUCAACGCCUGGUGGAGCGCCAUUGGUCACCAAGUCUACUAUCACAACAUCUCCCCGCAAACUGCCUGGUCGACUCUCUCUUGGACUGAAAAGGUACUAUUGACUUGUGUUACGGUCUGGGGUACUCGGCUGUUUACUCGCAUCGCUUCACGGACUAUCACCCGCGGCAAGGAUGACCCGCGCUACGACCAGCUGAAGAAGGAAGACCCCAAUGGAUUCUGGACCUCGGCUCUCUUGAAGCAGUAUCUCCCUGAGGCGGCUUUCCUCACCCUGAUCGCCCUGCCCUUUACCGUGCCGUUCCGGUUGACUUCGUCGACAUUGUCGCUGGACGGUGAUGUCCAGUCUGCCGUGCGCGCACUUGGUGUCGCGCUCUUCGGUGCUGGAUUCGCAUUGGAAGUCAUGGCCGAUGCGCAGCUGGAGUUGCACCGUCAGGAACGGACCGAUCUGUGCAAGCACGGCGUGUGGAGUAUCGUCAGACACCCUAACUACCUCGGCGACACCCUCGUGCACAUCUCCUUCGCCGUCCUCAACGUCGCCAACAACUUCAACCCGAUCGUCCUUCUCGGUCCCCUAACCAACUACUUCUUCCUCCGCUUCGUCGGCGGCGACCGCCAGACCGAAGCCAGCCAGGAGACGCGGUACCGCACCGAGGACCUGCACAAGUACGAGCAGCUGCAAAGCUGGCGGCGCGAGAAGAACAGCUUCUGGCCCGGUCUCACGGAGGUAGUGAACCCCUGGACCUGGGUGGUGCUUGGCGCGGGUGUGCUGGGUGUGGUCGUAGAGGAGGGUAUUCGGGGAUGGCUUACUCAAUAA